AUGUCUUUUCAAGACAAGGCACAACAUCAAAUUGGACAGCUUGAUAAGGAACUAUCAAAGUAUCCUGCGCUGAAUAAUUUCGAGAGACAAACGUCCGUACCUAAGGUCUACGCUAUCCUUGGUCUGCUCGGGGUCUAUUUCUUUCUCGUCUUCUUCAACAUCGCUGGCGGUUUCCUCGUCAAUUUCGCUGGAUUCCUCAUCCCAGGAUACUACUCGCUGGAAGCAUUGUUCAGUUCAAGCAAGACCGAUGACACUCAAUGGCUGACUUACUGGGUGGUAUAUGCCUUUUUGACCGUGUUCGAGAGCGCUGUCAGCGCUGUUUACUGGUUUCCCUUUUAUUAUACCUUUAAAUUUGUGCUUGUUUUGUGGAUGGCUCUCCCUCAGACAGGGUAA